AUGCAAACAUAAGUAUAUGAGGGCUUGUGUGAAAAUUAUUUUUCCCUUGCUUACAUUCAAACUGCUUCUCUUGGACAUACUGGCUUUUCUUUCUUUCUUCUCUUUCUUGUGGAUAUUAUGGCUAAUAACACAACAAGUUUAGGGAGUCCAUGGCCAGAAAACUUUUGGGAGGACCUUAUAAUGUCCUUCACUGUAUCCAUGGCAAUUGGGCUUGUCAUGGGAGGAUUUAUUUGGGCCCUGUUUGUUUGUCUUUCUCGAAGAAGAGCCAGUGCUCCCAUCUCACAAUGGAGUUCAAGUAGGCGAUCAAGGUCUUCCUACACCCAUGGCCUCAACAGAACUGGAUUUUAUCGCCACAGUGGCUGUGAACGUCGAAGCAACCUUAGCUUGGCCAGUCUCACUUUUCAGCGGCAAGCUUCCCUGGACCAAGCAAAUUCUUUUCCAAGAAAAUCAAGCUUCAGGGCGUCUACGUUCCACCCCUUUCUGCAAUGUCCACCACUUCCUGUGGAAACUGAUAGCCAGCUGAUGACCCUCCCUUCCUCCAGUACCUCUCCCACCAUCACUGCCUCCCACAGUCUGAGCCGUCCUGAUUUCCACUGGUCCAGUAGUAAUCUUCGAGGCAGCCUUGCAACACCACCACCACCCGCCUAUGAGUCUAUCAUCAAGGCAUUCCCUGAUUGCUGAGUAGGGUGCUUUCAUUGUUUAAUUGUUAUGUUUUUCUCACUUUUUUUAUUGAAAGGAAAUCAUAAAUAGGCCAAACAAUUUUGAGGGAGUGGCCCAAGUCACUGAUGAGUUUCCACAUUUAAAUAUUCUGUGUAAGUUGGACAUUACAAUGUAAACCAUCUUGUUUGAACACAUUUUUACAUAUGUUUCACAAAAACGUUGUAUUUUCUCAAACAGUUAAGUAUUUAUGUAUUUUGUAUUCAAUGUGGGGCUUAUCAAAGAUAGUGAUUCUAAUGCAAGAAUCAGUUAUAAUGUUGUCUAUACAAUUGUCCCUUGGCAUCCACAGGGAAUUGGUUCCAGGACUGCUGGAGAAUAUCAAAAUCCAUGAAUAAAGCUUACAACUCUUAUAUAAAAUGGCAUAGUAUUUGCAUAUAACCUAUGCACACAAGCGCAUAUGCUUUAAAUCAUCCCUGGAUUACUUAUAAUAGCAAAUAUGAUGUAAAUAGCCAUUGCACUGUGCUUUUAAGGGAAUAACCAUAAGGGGAAAAGUCUAUACAUGUUAAGUAUAGACACAGUUUUUCCCCAAAUAUUUGCAAUCCAAGAUUGGUUAAAUACAAUUGAUUGAGUCUGUUGAUUUAGAACUUGAAGAUGUAAGUGGAUGGUUUUAUUUCAGGUUAGAAUAAAACUUUAGACAACUGUGGUUUAAAAUUCUCAUUCACUUAUCAUAUAACUGUAAAGAGAAAAGAAAUCAUUUUUUUAAAAAAAAUCUUCUAAGGAAAUUUAACUCUUCUUUCUUUAGGAUGACAAGUGAACCAUAUUAAAGUUUUUUGUUUAAAAUUUUUUAUUUAUGUAAGGUGAACAGGUUUCAUAUAUACAGAUUUAAGAGUAUAAUGAUAACUUCCCAUCUUUUUCUCCUCCUGCCCACUCACCCACUUUAUCUGGAGAUCUUCGCUUGCAACUUUGCAGAAAAAUAACUACAAGUCAUUUGGAGAUGGUCUGUUAUAGAAAUAGAUGUUACAGUCAUGAAGAAUUCUCCAUCUGGAGUGAUUCUUAACUCUCAGUCAUCAUUUCUUGUUUGCUUCUUUAUAAAUUUGAAUUUCAGGUUUUCUGAAAAAUCUUUGUAUAAUGAUUGUACUAUGUCAUGUGGUUGGUGCAGUGAGUGGCUAUUCUUAUUCAAAAAAAAGCUUGAGGUUCUUUUCUGAUAUAGCAAACACUUACCUUAUGUUGCUGUUUAUUUCUCUGAACAUUGAGAUUUUCUGAGAAGAAAAUGUAAUUUCAUUUUGGCUUCUACAAUGCUGUGGUCACAGCUAAUAAUGUCUGAAUAUGGCUCAAGAAUAUAAUUUUAUUUUUACAUAGUAAGAGCUGCAUAUAGCGUUUUCUUUUGACUUUCAUUUAGGUUAUAUUACCCAUCAUUCUUCAAAGACAGCUAUUCUUAUCAAUGUCUUUGGAUAGAUGCUCUCUACAUAUAAAGAAAACAAAGGAAAAAAAAGGAAGAAUGAACAGAAGUAAAGAAGGCAGGAAGGGGAAAACAUCACUAGCAGGAUAACUUGUUAAAAAUUGGUUGUAACAAGGAAAUUAUUUAGCAAUUGUCAUAUAGUCAAAUAAGAUUUCAAGAGAGCGUUAACUUAGGGACAAAUCUACUUUUGACUUGUAUGUGAUCCUUAAUGUGAAACAUGAGAAGUAAACAAAGUCGAUGUUUCUUCCUUAGAAUUUAAAUUCAGAGUAAAACCUGCUUUUUAUCUCUCAAGUGAGGGAAAUGAAACCAAAAAUCCUCUGGUGCAUUUAACUAUAUGGGAGAAUUGUGCUGCUCCCUUUACUUAUAAAACUGUAAAAAUGAGUACUUUGUAAAUAUUGUGCAGUGUAUGAAACAUGAAAUUAAAGCAAAAACCAGAGACUUCGAAAAUUGUAUUUG